AGAAAAUAAGACGUGCACUGGGCCUCGGUGACGUCAGUUUGUUUACGCCUGCUCCUACAUGCUGCUGCGCUGAUGAUGACAGUUAAACUAGGAUUAAAGUCUGUCUGAGCGCCGAAUUAAACCUGUUAAUUGAUAGUUACCGUUUUAGAAAGAAAGGUUGGCCUCUCUGGUUUGAGUACACGGGGCGGCUGUGCUGUUUUGCCCGUACAGAUGUCACAGAAGGAUCCCUGUCAGAAACAGGCGUGUGCGAUUCAGAAGUGUUUACAAGCCAACAAAUACAUUGAAAGUCGCUGUGAGGACGUGAUCCGGGCCAUGCGAAAAUGCUGCGAAACCCACAGCGGAGUGAACUCUGUUUGCUGCUCCGGCUUCGCCAGAGAGCACAAAACGACCCAGGAGAAAACAUGAGCGCAGUUAACACGGCCUCCUCUGACAUGCUGCAUUGUGCCCAUCUGCUUAACUCCUCAAAAGUAUAUAAAGAUAUCUGAUCACUGAUCAAAAAAAUGUUAUGCUGCCUGGAUUAAAGGAAGAUCACGUGAAAA